UAUUUACCUUUCAAACUCAUUUCCAAUUCGAAACCCUAAUUUUUCUGAAGUUUCAAAUUACCAAUUUCUUCAAUGGCGCCAAAGGGAGAGAAGAAGCCCGCGGAGAAGAAACCUGCAGAGGAGAAGAAGUCUACAGUACCAGAAAAAGCUCCGGCCGAGAAGAAGCCAAAGGCCGGAAAGAAGCUACCAAAGGACGGCGGUGCCGCCGCCGGUGACAAGAAGAAGAAGAGAAACAAGAAGAGCGUAGAGACAUACAAGAUCUACAUUUUCAAAGUUCUGAAGCAAGUUCACCCUGACAUUGGUAUCUCAAGCAAGGCCAUGGGGAUCAUGAACAGUUUCAUCAACGACAUCUUUGAGAAACUUGCUGCAGAAUCUUCAAGGCUUGCAAGGUACAACAAGAAGCCAACUAUCACUUCGAGGGAAAUUCAGACUGCUGUUAGACUUGUUCUUCCUGGAGAAUUAGCCAAGCAUGCUGUUUCUGAAGGAACAAAAGCUGUGACCAAGUUUACAAGUUCUUGAACUGUAUAAUUUGUAGAGUUUUUCUGAAGUGGUUGUCGUUGAUGUUUAUCUCUCUUUGGAUUAUAUCUGAAUUUGUGUGUAAUUUUCUUUUACAAAUGAAACGAAUCUCUUGUUUGUGAAUCAAA